AAUCUAAUAAUAUGCAUAUACUCAUCUAGAGAGAGACAGAGAAGAGCUAUCACGGGUGUGUCUUGAAAGGCCCUUAUUUCCACAGUUCUAGACAGACAGACAGACACAUAUUCCUCUCUCUCUACAUACCCGAGGUCUUCUUACCAAAUUAAAAAAUCAAAAUCCCCCCACCCACCCAAACAAAACCCCAAAAUCAGCAUACAAAUUUACUACACUUCCACUCAAAACCCUCACUCUCAAGAAGCUACUAUCUUACAAAGAAAGAAAGAAAUCUAUCAAUGGCGGCAAUGCUAGAGAAUUGCGAGAGCAUAAUGCUCUCACUAGAUUCUCAAAAACCAGUCCCUGCCCCAUUCCUGAGCAAGACUUACCAGCUGGUCGAUGAUCCCGCCACAGACCACAUCGUCUCCUGGGGCGAAGACGACGCCACUUUCGUCGUCUGGCGCCCCCCGGAAUUCGCCCGCGACCUCCUCCCCAACUACUUCAAGCACAACAACUUCUCCAGCUUCGUCCGCCAACUCAACACCUAUGGUUUCAGAAAAAUCGUGCCGGACAGGUGGGAAUUCGCCAACGAUUUCUUCAAGAAAGGGGAGAAGCACUUGCUGUGCGAGAUCCACCGCCGCCGCACAUCUCAGCCGCAAAUGUCAAUCGACGGCGGCGGCAAUCACCACCACCUCAGCCACCCAGCAUUCUUCCCUUACCCUUCCCGCGUCAGCAUUUCUCCACCAGAUUCCGACGAGCAGCAGCAGCACUACUCCUCUCCCCCUCCCCCUCCGCCGCAGCAUCCGAUCGCCGGAAUCAACUCCCUCAGCGCGCUGUCGGAAGACAACGAGCGGCUGCGGCGGAGCAACCACAUGCUGAUGUCGGAAUUAGCCCACAUGAGGAAGCUCUACAACGACAUAAUCUACUUCGUGCAGAAUCACGUGAAGCCCGUGGCGCCCAGCAACUCAUUCACCCCCUCUCUCUUCCUCUGCAACUCGAAGCCGCAGCCGCAGCCGUCGAGCGAGCUCAAUUUGCUGAGCUCCGGCAAGAAAGAGCCCGAGCCCUACCGCACGAAGCUGUUUGGGGUGCCGCUGCAUUCCAAGAAACGCCUGCAUUCCGAGUUUAAUUCAUCAAACAAGCCGAGGUUGGUGAUCGACAAGGAUGAUUUAGGGCUCAAUCUCAUGAGUUAGCAAUAAAGAUUAGAUUUUUAUUAGUAGUAUUAUUUAGUGCUCGUGAAUCUUGAAGCAGAAACCGAAUCUUGAGAUGGGAAAAAAAGUUUCUGUACAUAGAAUUGUAGGCAUGGUAUUAUGUUGCAGGUGGGUUUUCUAGUUAGAGGGAGAGAGAAGAUCAUAUUAAGGUUUUAAUCA